CGGCGCCAUGGCUGAGGGUUCCGCCGGGUGAGGUGCCUGAGGCGGGUUUGUCCCCGCGUGGCGGCUCCCCAAGCCGGGCUGAGGGCCGAGGGCGUCCGGCCCUCCCCGUCCAGGCGAAUGUAGGAACCGACGACGGUGAGCCCGAGAGCGCGGCGAACUAGGUGAACACGGGCCUGCUAGCCAGUGUGGCCGGCUCUCCGCAGGCCCUGGCGGCCGCGGCGGCCUGGCUUCCCCCGAGCGCCCUCCGCCCGACGGCUCCGGCCCCGCGCGUCAUUGGCCUCUUCUCCCUCACGCGUUAAUGGAGGAGCCGGAGCCCCAGCCCCUGGAAAGCGACGCCCCCACUGGUUCGUGAGACAGCUUCCUGGGAGUGCGAUCAGAGACUCAGGCCGCCGGGCUUGGCUCCAAAUUUCCCCCCUCCCCCAAAGCGAGUCUCGGAUCCUUGGGCGACGGUGACCCCACUUGACCGCCUGUCGCCACCUCGGGAAGCUCUCAUGGUGGUUUUAAGUCGCCCCUCGUGGCGGGCACCGAACACCGAUGAGCGUCUUCUCCCUAAGGUUUCUCCGUCCGUACUUGGGCCUGUCCUUUUUUUAAAAAAAGCAAAGCGGUUUAUAAUAGUUGACUUGUGGUUCGGUGCGUGAGAGCCCUGGCCACUGAAUGUCAGCCGUCCGUCUGAAGGUAGGGACUGCGUCCUGGUCUUUGUGACCGACCUCUUGUGUAGUGGGCCAGGUUGUGUCGAGUCAGCGUCUGAACUGUUUGGUGAAAGAAAUGUCCUAGAACCACCAACCCGGCGUCUUAAAAACUGGAAUCUCCUUUCUCCUGCAAAAGGGCCCAGUGCUGCCUGAGAAAUCCAAUCAGGGUUAAUCCAGUCUUGAGAAACUGCAUCUGAAAAAACCCUGCCUCUGUAUGUCUGCAAUAUCAGCUUGUGGAGUCCUCGGGUUCCUCAGGGAUGGAGAGUCCUCAGCACUGUUAACAGUAAUGCCUGUCAGUUGAGGAGAUGGCUUCUUUGCAAAGAAAAGGGCUGCAGGCAAGGAUCCUCAGCUCUGAAGAAGAGGAGAAAUUGAAAAGAGAUCAAGCUUUGGUGUCCGAUUUUAAGCAGCGGAAACUGGAAAAAGAGGCUCAGAAGAACUGGGACCUUUUUUACAAAAGAAAUAGUACUAACUUCUUCAAAGAUAGACACUGGACCACCCGAGAGUUUGAGGAUCUCAGAUCAUGUAGAGAGUUUGAAGAUCAAAAAUUGACUAUACUUGAAGCUGGCUGCGGUGUUGGGAACUGUUUAUUCCCACUUUUGGAAGAUCAGAAUAUCUUUGCUUAUGCCUGUGAUUUUUCUCCAAGAGCAGUUGAAUAUGUCAAGCAAAAUCCUUUAUAUGACUCAGAAAGAUGCAAGGUGUUCCAGUGUGAUCUAACCAAAGAUGACCUUCUGGAACAUGUGCCCCCAGAAUCUGUGGAUGUUGUCAUGUUGAUAUUUGUACUCUCUGCUGUUCACCCUGAUAAGAUGCACCUUGUCUUACAAAAUAUUUACCAGGUAUUGAAACCAGGCAAAAGUGUCUUGUUUCGUGACUAUGGGCUGUAUGAUCAUGCCAUGCUCAGGUUUAAAGCUGGCAGCAAACUUGGGGAAAACUUUUAUGCUAGACAAGAUGGAACAAGAUCAUAUUUUUUUACUGAUGAAUUCCUGGCUCGGCUCUUUACGGACACAGGUUACGAAGAAGUGGUGAAUGAGUAUGUGUUUCGUGAGACGGUGAACAAAAAAGAAGGCCUUUGUGUGCCAAGGGUUUUCCUUCAGAGCAAAUUCCGAAAGUGUCCUAAGAACCCAACUCCAUGACCAUGGGCUGGGCCACAAAUUGUGACCUUUCAUGAGGUUGACAUUUGUGCCUCUGCUUGAAGAGGAAAGUUUAAAGCCAUUAUUUUGCAUAUUUUUUAUAUCUCAACCUUUUAAAAUGAGUAUAUAUAAUUUUUAUAUUAAAAAAUAGCAAGCGUG